AUGACUAAUUACCCUGAGUGGAAGCAAAAGCUAAUACUCAUUCUGAAGGCAGAGAAGAUCCACCAUGUCAUUUCUACUGAUGGAUCUCCCUUACCCCACACCACUGAAAGUGACGACUAUGUGGCUUGGGAGACCUUCAAAGAGAAGGAAGCUCUGGCCACCGCCUAUAUUCUUAGCUCCAUUGAUAAGAACCUCCAGAGCUCAUGUGAUGACCAGGAAUCCGCCAAUGAUGUGAUGGAACACUUAGAGCAGACUUUUGGCAAGCAAGAUCGUCUUGCACGCCAACAUAUCUCCUUAGCGCUAUUCUCUGCAAAGAUGCAUGACAGUACCACAAUCCAGGAUCAUAUGAUGAAGCUUACCAAGCUCUUCUCUGAAUUGGAGAAUAAGGCUACUCUAUUUGAGUUGGACUUCAAGAUAGAGAUUAUCUUUGCCUCACUUCCUGACGCCUAUAGCUCCUUUAUAAUGAACUUCCACAUGAAUAAAGUAGUGGUUAACAACGUUUCUGAGCUUACCAACAUGCUUAUAGUAGCAGAAAGUACGAUUAAGAAAAAUAAGGUUGUUUCUCUUGUUACUGAGAAGAGUUCUCAGGGUUCAAAGAAUAAGAAAGUGAAGAGGACUAAGAAAAGCAAGAAAGGGCAAGUUUAUUGCCUCUGA